UUACUUAGGUUCUCUUUUAGUUAUUAAGCUGCAUGUUGAGAAGUACUGAUGGGUGGAUGGAUAACUUUAGGGUCUUUUUCUAAAAGCAAGCUGUUUAUUUUCUCUGUAUUGGGCAAAUCUAUCAGUAGUGAAUUUUUUUUUUUUAAUGUGUUGACUUAGAUCCUAAAAACGUUUGGCGAAGAAUUUGGACUUAGAGGAAUAUUUUCUGUAUUUUGGAAAUUGGUCUUUCACGAAUAGUAUCAGUCCCUUUUAAAUCUAAUGGCUCUUUGACAUUUUAAACCAUUGAUAAAUUGGAAGUGUCAGUGUUGAUGGACAGAAAUGAUCAGAUGAAAUUAAGUGGCGAGAAAAAUAGUUCCGAACUUUAUGUUAAAGACCAUAUGUUUGACCACAGCCUCUGCAGGAGGAUCAGCGCCUGUAAUUUACAAACGUGUCCGAGAGGUCAGAGGUGCCUUGGGGAAUGGCUCGUCCAGUCAGAGCAGUGCUGGCGGCGGAGGACAACGUCAGAGUUGGCGGAUGACAUUAAAGCGCCUGAUCAACUUUCUAGCAGAAGAACGAUCAUGGAGGUGGUGCCAGCUGAGGUGAAUAGUUUGCUUCCAGAGGAGAUAAUGGACACUGGUAUAACUUUAGUGGAUGAUGAUAGUAUUGAGGCUGUUAUUGUUUCAUCCCCAAUUCCCAUGGAGACAGAACUGGAAGAAAUUGUCAACAUAAAUUCUACUGGUGACUCUACAACCACGCCCAUUUCCACGGAACCAGUCACAGUGUACAGUAACCACACUAACCAAGUUGCAGUGAAUACCACAAUUACUAAAGCAGAUUCUAAUACCACAGUGAAACCAGCUUUUCCAAGUGGCCUUCAAAAACUUGGUGCUCAGACUCCUGUGACUAUAUCAGCCAAUCAGAUUAUUUUAAACAAAGUAUCACAGACAUCUGACCUUAAACUUGGCAAUCAGACCCUUAAACCAGAUGGACAGAAGUUAAUUUUAACAACUUUGGGCAAGUCUGGUUCACCAAUUGUUUUAGCACUACCCCAUAGCCAACUACCCCAGGCUCAGAAAGUUACAACUCAGGCCCAGUCAGGAGAUGCUAAGUUACCACCGCAGCAAAUUAAAGUAGUUACCAUUGGAGGGAGGCCAGAGGUGAAACCUGUCAUUGGUGUCUCAGCAUUGACCCCAGGAAGUCAACUGAUUAAUACUACAACUCAGCCCUCUGUGUUACAGACCCAACAGUUAAAAACAGUACAGAUUGCUAAGAAGCCUCGAACACCAACCUCUGGUCCGGUAAUCACGAAGCUGAUCUUUGCAAAACCAAUUAAUAGUAAAGCAGUUACAGGACAGACAACUCAAGUAUCACCACCAGUCAUUGCAGGUAGGGUUCUUUCACAGUCUACUCCCGGGACUCCAUCAAAGACCAUAACAAUAUCUGAAAGUGGUGUUAUUGGAUCAACUUUAAAUUCUACAACACAGACACCAAAUAAAAUAGCCAUCUCACCUUUGAAAUCGCCAAAUAAGGCAGUGAAAUCAGCUGUGCAAACCAUCACUGUUGGAGGUGUGAACACAUCACAAUUUAAGACAAUUAUUCCUCUGGCAACUGCUCCCAAUGUUCAGCAGAUUCAAGUGCCUGGAAGCAAGUUUCAUUAUGUCCGACUUGUUACUGCCACAACAGCCAGCAGCUCAACACAACCAGUCAGUCAGAAUCCCAGUACAAACACUCAGCCUCUUCAGCAAGCAAAGCCAGUGGUGGUUAAUACCACUCCAGUGCGGAUGUCAGUUCCAAUUGUCUCAGCACAGACUGUCAAGCAAGUUGUUCCAAAACCAAUCAAUCCGACUUCACAAAUAGUUACUACCAGCCAACCACAGCAGCGGCUCAUCAUGCCUGCCACUCCACUGCCACAGAUCCAGCCAAACCUCACCAACCUGCCACCAGGCACUGUGCUGGCACCCGCUCCAGGAACAGGGAAUGUGGGUUAUGCAGUGCUUCCGGCACAGUAUGUUACUCAGCUACAGCAGUCUUCAUAUGUGUCUAUAGCAAGCAACUCUACCUUUACUGGAACACCUGGUAUCCAGACCCAGGCAAGGCUUCCAUUCAAUGGCAUAAUCCCAUCAGAGUCUGCCAGUCGACCCAGAAAGCCCUGUAAUUGUACAAAAUCACUGUGUCUCAAAUUAUACUGUGAUUGCUUUGCAAAUGGUGAAUUUUGCAACAACUGCAAUUGUACUAAUUGUUAUAACAAUUUGGAACAUGAAAAUGAAAGGCAAAAAGCAAUAAAGGCAUGCCUUGACAGAAAUCCAGAAGCAUUUAAGCCUAAAAUAGGAAAAGGGAAAGAGGGAGAAUCAGAUCGCCGUCACAGCAAAGGAUGUAAUUGCAAACGAUCAGGAUGUCUUAAAAACUACUGUGAAUGUUAUGAGGCAAAAAUAAUGUGUUCCUCAAUAUGCAAAUGUAUUGGCUGUAAAAAUUUUGAAGAAAGCCCAGAAAGAAAGACAUUGAUGCACUUGGCAGAUGCUGCUGAAGUGAGGGUACAGCAACAAACAGCAGCGAAGACUAAGUUAUCGUCUCAAAUUUCGGACUUGCUUACUAGGCCAACACCAGCUUUGAGUAGCGGAGGAGGAAAAUUGCCAUUUACUUUUGUAACUAAGGAAGUAGCUGAAGCCACGUGUAAUUGCCUUCUUGCCCAGGCUGAGCAGGCAGACAAGAAGGGAAAAUCAAAAGCAGCGGCAGAACGGAUGAUACUCGAGGAAUUUGGACGAUGUUUGAUGAGCGUCAUCAAUUCUGCAGGAAAAGCAAAAAGUGACCCUUGUGCCAUGAAUUGCUAACUCUUGCACAAAAGACUGACAAAUGGAACUGUACAGAAAAUUUAAGGUGCAGGGACACUUGAUUUUCUGGAAGAUAGUUUAACAAUUACUGUAUUGUUAAUUCAGUCCUUGUGAGACCUGAAAUUAUAAUAUUGAAAGAGAAGAAAUUUUAAAUGAGGAAGUUAGUACAUUUAAAAUCUUAGUUAAAUUUGCUCAUGCCCCCUUUAAAUUGAAUUUUACUUUAUGUAUUAUAUAGAUUUUUAAUUUUCUUGGGUUUCUUAAGAAUUAGAUGUUCUAUCCUUCUGAUUCUAUUGACAGAACAUUUAUAAACUGCUAUAAUUUAUAAUGUAUGGUGUUGUAUGGCUUUGUUCCAGUAGAAAAACCCAAAGAAGCAUUGAUAUUACCCAAUGAUCCUUUGGUAUUCGAUCUAUAAUAUAAGCAGGUAGAAAGUCUACAUAAACAAAUUCUUAUGAAACAUAUUCAGAUGACAUUUUGUGUUUAGUAAAGUACUAUCUUUUUAAGAAAAAAUCAAUUUUUAGAGUGAUUCUCAAAUAAUAUCUUAUUGUCACUUUGGGAAUGCAGAAGAGGAAGUAUCCAUAAGCACACUUUUAAAAUAAGUCAUUUUGAAAUUUUAAAAACAAGAAAAUGUUAAAGGACAGAAAAUAAUUCUCAGUGGGCAAUAACUUUCUGUAGUAUGUUCUAAGAAAUGCUCUGGGAUGUUUUUAUUUUCUUUCAAGGAGGCGUGGUAUUUGAAAUAAUAAAUUGUGAAAGUGAUUCACAAUGAGAGGUGCAUCUGAGUAGAGGUAACAUUAUAUCAGGUAUCAAAUUUGGCUUGGAUGGCGAAAUAAAGAAUUUUGAAGCUCUAAGAAAUGAAUUUAGGGGAGAAUUUUUCAUCAUUACAAAAUUCUCAUCAUACACUUUUGAAGCCAGUGUGUAACUCUUGAUGUAGUGAAACGGGCCUCCUGACAUAGCUUUCAAAAUUGUACUGGGAAUUUUUUUUAUAAGGGAAGUGUAAUAUGGCAUUAUUUCUAGCCAGUGAUUUGGUAAGUGGAAAGUAUGAGUGUUUUCAAAUAAUUACUAAAACUACAGAAACCAUUUUCAGUAAUUCAAAAUUUAAAGCUUUAUGAAUUUAAGAGCCUAUUAUGGACUCUGAAUUUUAUGACAAGGAAAAAACCAUGUUGAAAUUCAGGCAUUUUGUUAGAUACCUAAUCCUCAGUAAUUACUAGUAGAUGAUUAUUGCAUUUCCUACAAGGAAUCUAUAGUUGUAUGUAUUACGUGUGUAUAUAUGUUCAUAUGAACAGCAAGGUAUAGGCAAUAGAAAUUAAGUAAUCCAAAAGAGGAUUCCGUUAUUCAUUAAAGUGUAUUUUGAAAUUUGGAUUUAUAAAAUUCCAGUGCAGUAACUUUAAAUGUAGAUAGUGCAAACAUUCUUAGCACCUCACUCUAGUAUGUUUAAAAUUAAAGUUUGUAUAAAUGUAAAUUAGUGUAAGAGGAUAAAAUAAUAUCUAAUCAAGUUAUUUUUUAAAAGAUUACAAUACCUUUUUGGUCUAAACCUAAACUUUGUUCAUUUUGUACAUAUUCUGUGUUUAAUUCUAAUUGCACCUUUGUGAUGUGUAUUUAUAUAUACAGUGUGCAGAAAAUGUUUGUGAAUUUGGAUUACACUUGUAGAUUAUGUAUGAUGACAUUGCUUGAGAAUGUUUUGCUUGUAAAAAUUUGAAGGUGCAAUCAAAUGCUACUAGUUUUUCUGAUUAUCAAGAAGCUAUCUAAAGUAUUAAGUGUUUUCCUUCCUGUGUAGUACUAAACAACAUUUUGUAUUUAGGCAUUUGCAUCAAAUUGCUGAACAAGAUUAAUAUCCACAUUAACUCAACAAUUUUAAAAGACUAUUGGGGGGUUGGGUAUAUAAUUUUUUAGCUCUAUUUACAUCCCAAAGUAGAAAGAUUAAAUUUAUAUUUACUAGAGCUAUUCAAAGAAUACACUUUUCUAUAUUGUAAAAACAGGACAGCAAAGUAAAUCAUACAGAAAAUAAACAUUUAUACUAUUCUGUAAAAAAAGUUUUGCAUUUUUUCUUUAAUACCACCACUUUUAACCAUUUAGCAUGCAAGAACUCUUUAAAAAUAAGUGAUUUUAAGUAAAUUUGUAAUUACCUUUGAAAGCACACAACAGAAAUACAAAUCUAUCAUUUUUCCCCAUUAUGAACAUAAAUUGCUUUGAAAUGAGAAUAUUUGUCUUCUUUUUUUCCCUACUGUUUCUUUCAAGGGUAGAAAAUCAGUCUAUUCUUUUAAUGUUUGAUGUUCUUAUGGUGAGCGCCUUUCUUAAUUUCCUUUUUUCUCAAUAAUAACAAAAUGCAACCUGUAGGUCUUACCUCUUGUACUAAGUGGGAAACAGAACCUUAAUGUUAUAGGUAGUAAAACUAUAAGGGCAGUGACUUUGGGAAGGGACAACUGCUUUAUUGUCUCCAUUCUUUGAUAUGGACAACUGAUAUUUUUUGGUCUUACAUAAAAUAUAAAAAAAAAAACCUUUAGAAAAAAUUUUCUAUUUUUAUUGCUCUGUAACACAGAUAGGUAAGAAAAUGUAUACUAUGUAAAUGAAGCUUCAGAACAGGACUUCCAGCCCUCCCUGUGAUCAUAUUGCAUCCCUUAAACAUUUUAUUAAUAUAUAGGCAUUUUGGAGCAGCAAUCCGAAGGAAAGGGAAGCCAAUCAACUAGAGAACUUUACUAUUGGAUUAUUUUCUAUUCUGUAAAUUACUAAUUAGAGCUUUUUGUUAGGUUCCCUAUAAUGCACAUUUUAUCAUUUUUUUAAAAAGAUUUAUUUAUUAUUACAAGAACUGGGGUACAGGCCAGAGGUGCGAGAGGUGAGUGGAUUCACCAGAGACAGAGUGGGGAACAGAACAGGCAGACAGACCAAAGUACACUGCUGAGGGGAGCAGCAGGAGAGUCUGGAGAGGUCUGCUGCACCGCGUGGGUAGUUCCAUGGCUAGGGAUCGAACUGGCAAGGCAGAGGCUGUGGACAGCUUCGCAGCGCUGUGCUCAACCCCCUGCGCCACCAGGGAGGACUGCACAUUUUAUCAUUAUAGACCAAAUGUGAGCUUCAUAUGAUCCAAGUGAUUUUAUUAGAUGAGAGUAAUAAAGGCUUUUUUUAAGAUUAAAAAUUUCCUUUUAAAUACCAAGUUUAAUGAAAGCAUUUAAGUCAGUUUUAGUUUCCAUUGAAAAGCAGUAAAGUAUAUUUCAGGGUAAUGUUUAUUGUAAGGUCACAGACUUUAAUGCUGUAAUUUAUUGUACUAGAAGAUGAAACCUAGCAAUAUAUUAAAAAUACAUCGUUACCAAGUUGGACUUAAACCAGGAAUAAAAGGUUAAGCUAACUUUUUUUUAAGUCUGUUUCACUGUAUCAACAUACAAAAGAAGAAAAGCUAUAUAUGAUCAUCUCAAAAAUUACAGAAAAAUGACCUUUUGGAUAUACAAAAUCUACUGAAUUGUCUGCUCAAGGGAAUGAGUAUUAUAUAAAUUAAUUUUUAAAAACCUAGAAAAAUCAUCUGACAAAACUCAGCACUCAUGAUUAAAAUAAAAAGAAAAUCGGCAAACUAGGAAUGCAAGGGGUCUUCAAUCUGAUAAAAAGCAUUUAUCAACACUCUAUAGCUGGGCCUCCUUGGUGGCGCAGGGGUUAAAGACAGCGCUAUCAAGCUAUCACCAGCCAUUGCAGCACAAGUUCUAUCUCCAGCAGGCCAGGGAGCUGUCCACAUGGCGCAGCAGACCUCUCCUGCCUCGCCCGCUGAUCCCCUCAGCAGUGUAUUUCAGUAGAUCUGCCUGUUCUGCUCCCCACUGUCACUUGUGAAUCCUCUCAUCCCCCACCCCGCACCUCUGGCCUGUACCCCAGUUCUUGUGUAUACAUAAAUAUAUCUUUAAAAAAAAAAAUCUCUAUAAUAACAGUAGCCCUUCUCCCUCCCCCAUUCCCCCUGAGUAAGCCAUGGAAAUAAGAAGAUACCUAUUUGUGGUUGAUGUGAUAGCCUAUAUGGAAAAGUCAAAGGAUCUUUUUUUAAAAUCUGCUAGCACUAAUAAGUGAAAUAAGCAUGGUCAAUAUGCAAAAUCAGUACAAUGAACAUCUGGAAACUGAAAUGUUAAAAUUAGCAUUCAUAGUAGCAAAAAAACAUGAACAAAAUGUACAAGAUCUGUGCUAAAUGUAAAAAACAUUAAUUAAAAAAAUGAAAUGAUCUGAAAACAUACCCUGUUCAUGAAUUGGGAGAGUCUACAUUUAGAUUUCAUUUCUCCCUCAAUUGAUCUAAGGAUUCAACAUAAUUCCAGUCAAAAUCCCAGAAGGAAUUUUUGUAGAAAUUAACUGAUUAUAAAAUUUCCCUGUAAAGGUAUGACUAGAAUAGCCAAACAUUUUUGAAAGAAAGAACAAAGGUGGAACUCCCUCCUUAAUUUAAGAUUUCUGUGUGGCUAAUCAAGAUAGACCCUUGGAUGAAUAGAACAAAAUAGAGCCAUGAAAUAGACCUUAUUUUAUUAUUUUUUUUUUAGACCUCUUAUUUUUACAAGAGUUUAUAAAAGGUUAUCCACUGGAGAAGAACAGCUUUUAAACAAGUGGUGCUGGGUUAUCCAAAUGUAAAAAUUGAACCUCAACUCAUACCACACACCAAAAUUAACUUGAAAGUAGGUCAUAACCUAAAUGUAAAAUAAAAAACUACAGAAUAUCUAAAAGAAAUCUGUGUAAGGUUAGGCAAAGAUUCUAAGAAGUAUGACCCCUAAAAGAAAAAAAAACUGACAUCAAAAUUAAUAAUGUCUGCUUCUGAAAAUACACAAAGGAAAAAAAAAGACAUGGAGAAAACAUAUCUGAUAGUGCACUUUUUAGUUCCAGAAUAUGUAAUGCUAAAAAAGAAAGCAACCAGCCUUCCCAAAUAUGCACAAAAGACUUGAAUGGGUAUUUCAUGUCAGAUUAUGUCAAUGGCAAAUAAGCCUGUGAAGAGAUUCUCAGCAUCAUUCGCCAUUAUGAAAAUGGAAAUGAAAGUCACAGUGAAAUAUCACUGCACACCUAUUAGAAUGGCUAAUUCAAAACAAAACAUUGCCAAUACCUGUACUGGGGGAAAGGAUUUUCAUACAUCCCUGAUCAAAGUGCAGAGGGUACAAGUUUUUCCAGUUUGUUACAAAGUUAAACAUACACUUACCAUAUGACCCAUUGUGUGGAUAUAGUGCAUUUUUAUUCAUCAGUUGGACAUUUAAACUUUCCCCACUUUUUAGCUUUUAUGGUGCUGAAAUCUGUGUACAAAGUUUUUGCAUGGGCAUGUUUUAUAUUUCUAUAUACGCCUAUCAUAUUUGUUGAGUCUUCCAGCAAUGUUUUACCUUUUGCCAGGCUGCUUUACAAAGUGUCUUGCUAUUUUACUUUCCCACAGUGUAUUCAGUGUUCUAGUUUCUGUGCAUUCUUGUUAAUACUUAUUAUCUAUUAUCUAUUUUACUAUAGCCAUUCUAAUGUGUGUGAAGUGAUAUCUCAUUUUUUUUUCAUGGUUUUGAUUUGUAUUUCCCAUACGAUGAUGUUGAAAAUAUAUUUGUGUGUAUAGGCCAUUUGUAUAUAUCCUUUGAAGAAUGUGCUCGUAUUCUUUACCCAUUUUUAAAAUGGGGUUAUUUGUCCUCAUUGUUAUAGUUCUUUUUUAUUCUAAUUACAACUCCUUGAUCAAAUAUAUGAAUUGCAAAACUUUCUGUGAGUUUUCACUUUCUUGGUGGUGUCCUUUCAAGCACAAGUUUUUAAUUUUGGUGAAAUCCAAUUUAUUUUUGUUGCUUGCUUGUGCUUUUGGUGUCUUGGCCUACAAAACUAUUGCCAAAUUCCAGUCUUUACUCUGUUUUCUUCUAAGACUUAUAGUUUUACCUCUUUCACUUAAGUCUUUGAUCUAUCUUGAGUUAAUGUUUGCAUGUGGAUAUUGAGUUAUUCCAGGAAUAUUCGGGGAUGAGUAGGAGGAAUAAAUUUCUGAAGAAUAGCUUUUUGUUGUGUUUUCUUCAAAGGAAAAGAGUACAAAGGUGCUGAGUAGAAAUUCGAAAUCACUCUGAUCAAAUAUAAAAAAAUAUUUCAUUUAAAAAAGUUCAAUGUAGGGCCUCCCCGGUGGCG